UACUAACAAAUCACCGUCAGAAAAAAAUAUACCAAAGAAAAUUAGACAUAUUGAAUCAGGCGAAAGGGCUUGGUGGCUUGAAUCGAAUGGCAGUGAAAAUACAACAGAAAAUAGUUGCCAACAAAAUUCAUCUGAAAAUGUAGGUAAACAAUUUAAAAAAUGUAAAUUCGUUGAAGACGAAAAGCCAUGGUGGUUAGAUAGUUCUGCUAACAUACCAGAAGGCGUGGAACAGUUAACACCUCCCAGAAAAUCAUCUAGUGAUAGUGACAAAAGUGAGAAAUUUAACUUCUAUAAAAUCCGCCACAUAGAAUCAGGGGAGCAAAAAGAUUGGUGGCUCUCGAGCAAUGAUAAUUCUUUAAACAGUAAUAAACUGGAGGGACAAAAUACCCAAAACAGUCUUAGUAAAUCAGGAUCUGACCAACGAGGUUUUCCAUUAAGACGAAUUCGGCACGUGGAAUCAGGUGAACGUCCUUGGUGGUUGGCAAGUGAUAAAAAUAUACCCGAAGGUAUAGAAAAAUUGCCUACUCCCCCACCUCAACAAGACAGUGAUAGCUCUGAUUAUGAAGAGGUUCAGAUUUAUGCACCUUCUAAUAUUCCUCCUUUCCCUUUAAAUCUGCCUGAUGACGAACCUUUAGGUGCAAGAAGGAGUCCUGAAGGCUUAGAGACUCCAAAAGAAACUGAAGAUUACAACCGAGGUCGUGUUUCACCUUAUGAAAAUAAUCGUCUAUACAAAAGGAGAAGUAUGGCAAAUUUAACAUAUACGAAGGGAAUGGAUAAAUACAUAUCGAGAUACACUGAUAUAGAUGACAUUCUAGGCACAUCUGGACAAAUUUACAGUCCUUUCAUGGACUCCUUACUGGCAAGAAGAACAGGACAAACGCAUUUCGAUGAUGAUGAGUGUGAAGAAAUUGAUCCCACUCAAGUGAGAAUUCACGACAGCACAGCACAGAUGCCAGUCAUAAAGAAACUUCGCGGCAGAGGUGAAGUGAUCGACUACUGUGACGAAGACCAGCUGGACGAUGCGACACUGCAGGUGUUCAAGGACGGUGACUACGGGCCCUACCUUGACUUGGACUCGACUCUUGGCGAGCAGGAUGAGGAGCUGGAAGGACUACAGGACAGCCGCAAAAAUGCCCUGGUUCUACGUACACAACUCUCGGUACGAGUACACGCUAUUAUUGAAAAGCUUCUCCAUUCGCAAGGCAGAGAACUUCGGAGGGCACUGUUUACCCUUAAGCAAGUGCUGCAGUCAGACAAAGACCUGGUACAUGAGUUCAUCGCUAACAAAGGUCUGGACUGCCUCAUGCAGGUCAGCAGCAUGGCCGACCACAAUUACCUCGACUACAUCCUUAGGGCACUUGGACAGAUCCUCCUCUACGUCGACGGCAUGCUUGGAGUAAUGGCUCACAAACGCUGUGUCCAAUGGCUAUACUCUUUGAUCUCAAGUAAAUUUCGCCAUGUCGUCAAAACCGCUCUCAAACUACUCCUCGUCUUCGUUGAAUACACAGAAAAGAACUGCCUGCUCCUCAUUGACGCCAUUAAUGCUGUAGAUAGCUCUAACGGAAGGCAGCCUUGGUACAACAUCAUGAAGAUCCUUCAAGACUUCGAUGCUUCAGAUACCGAGCUCCUCAUUUAUGCAACUACACUUAUCAAUAGAUGUCUAAACAAUGUACCAGAUAGAGAUACUUAUUAUGACCAAGUAGAUGCCCUGCAGGAUCAGGGUAUGGAUGAUAUAAUUCAGUUAUACAUGUCCAAACAAGGGACAGAUUUAGAUCUCUUGAGGCAAUUACAGAUCUUUGAGGCGGUACUUCUUUAUGAAGACGGUGACGAAAGCGGAACGGCUCUAAAACAGUUAGAUGAUUCAGUAAUCAAUUCAGUGAGAAGGAGAAGCCUUAAUCUCAGCUUGAAUAAUUCAGAACGAAGAAAAUCUAAAAAGCAACAAAUGAAAGAGAAAGCAAAACUAGCAACCAUCAGUCACACGGAGCCUGAAGUCAAACUUUCGAACCGAUCCCAGUUCCUGCCAUCAAUUGACAACAAAAAAAACACACAUAAAGAACUUAGCACUGUUUUAAAAAGAAGAUCAGAUAGGUACGCCCGUCACGCGCAUCAUAUCGUACAGCAACAAGAAUUAUUAAACAAUUCCAAUAAUAUUUACAACAAAUUAUUUGGAAAUAAUAAUGGGAACUACACCAGCGGCAGUUAUGGAACAAAUGGAAACUAUUCCCAUAGUACACAUACAAACACCAACAACUUCCCCAGUGUCAACGUUCACGUGGAUGGAACAGACCACUAUAGCAACGGAACUAAUGGACAUCAUGGCGAAGACAUAAUAUACAAUAGAACAACUUUUAAUCACAACCUAGGAGAUGUCUUGGAAAAUGGGAACCAAAGAUAUACAUCUGGUCUAAAGCAACGAAUCCAAAAUGGAACUUUAGGACAUAGUGUUAACGCAAUUGAUGCCUUCACAGUAAUUCGACAGAAACAACUUAAUCCGCCAGAGGUAAAAGAUGACAGAGGGAUAAUUCUCAAUAAAGAACAUAGUAUUAAAGAUUUGGCACAAAGGUUAACAAGUCCUGUCAGCCCAACUACGGAAGAAAAGAUGUUGAGAGUGGCCGAUAUGGCUGGCAUUGUAUCAAAAGCCAAGGAAGAGUUAGCUAAAUCACAAUCUAAAGAAGUAAUUAAAAGUCCGACAAUAGAAAUGUCCCCAAAAGUACAUGAAAUUAAAGUCUCAGAGAACGAUCUGCAUUGGGAGGAACUUAAAAAGGGUUGUUUAAACAGAGAAUUUCACCUCUGUGAUUUGGAUUUCUCAGACUUACGACAAGACGAAGAUGAUGAUAUGGGAUCACCUGCUGUAAACGCAGCGGGUAUUCCACCUCCACCCCCGCCAGUGAUAUUCCCUGCUCUUGGAAAUCCACCUCCUUUACCGAGUUGUUUCCCUCCUACACCCAAAAACAACGUCCCUGUUCCACCACCAAAACCUUCCCUAUCGUCAGAAUUGUCAAACGAUUCCGAUAGUUCAACAAUAAAGAAAAACAAAAAGACAGUUAAACUGUUUUGGAGAGAAAUAGUAGACAAUCCUGUGCCUGUGAAUAUCAGAUCUAAGGUCGGAGGACUAAUUUGGGACGACCUACCGCAAGUCAACUUAGAUACAAAAAUUUUAGAACAUCUAUUUGAGUCUAAGACUAACGACCUUAUUAUUAAAGAAAAACUUAUGGAACCAAAGAGGAACUUGAUAUUGGACGCCAAGCGGUCCAAUGCCAUCAAUAUCGCCAUGAAGAAGUUGCCGACACCUCAGACAAUAAAGGCAGCUAUUUUGAAAAUGGACGCCACGGUGAUAGGACGAGAAGGCAUUGAAAAACUUCUCAUAAUGUUACCAACUGAAGAAGAAAAAGUAAAGAUUCAGGAGGCACAGUAUGCUAACCCAGAUUUGCCUCUGGGUAGUGCUGAGCAAUUCCUGUUGACACUAGCAUCGAUCAACGAAUUGUCAUCGCGACUCAGACUUUGGGUAUUCAAAUUGGAUUUUGAUAAUCUUGAGAAAGAAAUAGCAGAACCACUAAUGGACCUUAAGCAGGGCAUUGAGUUGCUGAAAUUGAACAAAACAUUCAAAGUGAUCCUCUCAACACUGAGGUCUGUAGGCAGCUUUCUCAACGGCAGUCAGGUGAAGGGAUUCCGACUAGAGUACCUUUCUAAAGUAAUGGAGGUGAAGGACACUGUUCACAAACAUCCACUAUUGUAUCACAUCUGUGAAAUGAUCAUUGAGAAGUUUCCAGAUACAUCUGAUUUCUUUAGUGAGGUGGGACCAGUGAUUAGAGCAUCAAAAGUUGACUUUGAUAUUCUGCGAACCAACCUCUCUAAACUAGAAUCGGACUGCAAAGCGUCCUGGGACCAUAUGAAGCGGGUGGCGAAACAUGACAGCUCGCAAAUCUUUAAAACGAAGAUUAACGAGUUCCUCACUGACGCAGCCGAGAGAAUCAUUCUUCUUGGUAUCAUUGAAAAAAGGGUCAUGAGCAGAUAUAGCAAAUUCUUGAUGUAUCUUGGAGUGCCACCAGGCGACGUAGCUAAGACAAAAGCGGCAGAAUUUCUCAAGGUGAUCGCAGAAUUCGCAUUAGAAUACAGAACCACCAGGGAACGAGUGUUGCAACAGUUAGAGAAAAGGGCGAAUCAUAGAGAAAGAAAUAAGACCAGGGGCAAAAUGAUCAUUGAUGUUGGUAAUUAUUCGGCGAAAAACGGAGACCACACAGCGGAUAGAGCUUUGAAAGAAUUGUUGAAGACUGAUCCAGAUACAGAUAGCCUUGCUGAGGGCAGACGAAAAUCACAGCCAGCGACCAGCAGGAAGCUUCUUGUGAACGGAGAUAUGUCAGCCGAUGAUGAAAUUAUAGAGAGUUUAGUGCGUUCAGCGUCAUCGAAACGAAUACCUAUGACUCGCGAGCGCAGAAGGAACCGGAUCUCAGAUAAAAAGAACUUGAACAGAACACUGGACGGAACACAAUCUUGGCCGGGAAGAGAAAGUAGUCCGGGAUCAACGAAUAUACAACAGAGAUAAGUUAUUUUUAAGAUAGUAAUAAAUUAAUUUAUUCAAUUUUCGAUAUUUUCCAGUAGAAUUUCAUUUCCUCACUCGUUUAAAAACUUACAUAAACUUUAGUUUUUUAUUUUAAUCGGCUUAAAAUACUUUCAUAAUCACGGAAGAAAAAAACAGUGGAAGUGCCUAAGCCUCGAUUACUAUCACAAUCGCUGUCGCCAAAACUCACACUAUCUUAAACACUAUGAAAUCUUGACAAUGUUUGCAAUUUAAAAAGAGGUAACAAAUUCCGUACUGUUAACAUAAUUUAAACUUUAACCAAAGUUCAAUGCCUAAUAAAUAAAGCGAGUUACGAUACGCGACGUUUCGAUUUUAUUAUUGAAAUUUCAUUCAACGUGCUGCUAUCUAGCGGCAAUCGACGAACGAUUAACGCCUAAACGUUCUCCAAAAAAAUGGAGCAAAUUGCAGCAUCGAUAUAAGGUUUACUUUCGUUUCUUAUAAUCAAAAAUAUAUUACAUUAAACAGGAAGUGGAUAUGAGAUACCACCACAGAUAAUAUUAAUAUAAGGUGUGACUAUCAUUUUUGCACUCCAAAAUAUCAAAAAAGACAUUUACCCACGAUUUUCGAAGUUUUGCGCGAGAUAAUUGACACGACAAUAACGUACAAAGCGAAAAUGGCGCACUGAGCUCAAGUAUGCGGAAUUCGGCAUAGGGUUGGCAUAAUAUAUCACGACAACUAAACACUUCUAUUGUAUUUAUUGUUCUGUGUUCAUAAUGCCAUGGAAAACGCUCUUGAGAAAACACGGAAUCGCAUCACACGCGUCAGUAAAAACUGUUUAACCAUGUAAUACAAACAAAAAACACAUAUAAUUCGCCCGCGUCGCCGCGUCGUCGGCAGCGGCCCUAGUGGAAGCUAAACGCGCAUCGUUUCUUUUUUUCGUUCAUAUUGCACGAACACAAAGCUUUUUCUGACCGGCUCAAGCCGGUGCUACAGUGUGGUGACUACCUCACUUGUGCCUAUAUAGCAAAUUGUUUUAUUUUUAACGUUUUCUUUCUACAAUUUCCUUUUUUUAGUUUUCCUCAUUUCUGAAAUCAAAAUAAGUUAAGAUUUUAAUAAUCCAUACCAAAAUUAUUUUUAUUUGCUUGUAUAGAUAUUGAAAAAGGUACUUGCAUCACAUAAUCCGCAAAUUUCAUUAUAUGUCAACUAAAGUACUGUAAGAAUGAAAAUGAAGACUUAUUGUGUCAUUUAUUAUUAUAUUUUUCAUUAUUGAUAUAGUGAAAAUUUAUAUUUUAAUUUUGUGUUUGUAUGUAAAUAACUGAAAAAGCUUUUAAAACGGUAACCUUAGGUACUGUUGUGUUUUAUCAUCCUUGCAAAUACUUUAUUUUGUAUUCAUUAUAUGCUGAUUCCAGGACGUUUUUCAAUUUCAUAUUUUUCUAAAUACUAGGUACAAUUAAAAAUAACUUCAUUUAAUGUGCUUAUAUGCCCUUUAUCCUCUUUAAAUUUUAUAACCUCAAGCUGAACUGGAAGAAUAGUUUCACUGCCAGAAUUCAUAUAAGGGUUUUUAUUUGCUAUACAGAACGACAAUUUUAAGUUUGUUCUAUAAUAUCAUAUAAUUUACUUAGAUCAUACUUUUGUCAUUAAUCUUACCUACUUUAGGUUUACGAGUAAUCAGAUUGCAGUGAUUUUAUUUACAAUGUGUGUGACCUUUACCUUUUACAUUAAAUUUUAUUACGAAUCAGGCUCAAAACUAUAUUGUUUAUAUCGUACAGAAUUUACAUUACGUUGUAAAAAGACUAUUGCAAGGUAUUCUACUUUUUGAUAACACCCUACACC